UCUUUAAGGCAGUCCCUUAGGUGAAAGGUUCUUAUGUAAUUAGGAUUUUAAGAAAAAAUUAGCUAUUAAAUUAAGAAACAUUUGCGUGUGAGUGAUUGGAAGAAAAAGAAGAAACGUCUCUUACUUCGAUCUCUCUCCGACUCAUCUCCUCUUUCACGAAUUUUGCGUGUGAGUGAUUGGAAGAUGGAUUUGAUUAUGAGGUUGGGGCUGGAGAUGAAGGAAGGGUUGUUGUUGUGGUGGCUUUCGAGAGGGACGACGGAAAAUUUGUCUCGGUGGGAGUGAUGAGGACGACAUUUGUUGCAGGAAACUGCUUCAGGUAUUAGCCAACAUUGGCGGAAGAACGUGUUGAUCAUUGUGAUUCCGCUUCAGGUAUUAGCCAACAUUGCUUCGAUCGUGAUCGGUGAGACUGGACCUUUCAUCAAAGAUUGGGUUACGUGGAACCAAGUGUUCUUGUUGGUUGAUAUCAUCCGUUGCUGUGCGAUUAUAUUCCCUCUCAUAUGGUCGAUUCGAUCAUUGUUUAGGCAGUUCUACAUUGUUGUUAUUGGGUUACGUGGAACCAAAGCAUGUACAGCGCUCGCCUUUGUUACGUUAAGAGCUGAUGGAGAGAGGGAGUUUCUGUUCUUCAGACACCCGAGUGCUGAUAUGCUUCUUACGGAAGCUGAGCUUGACAAGAACUUAAUCCAAAAGGUGAGAUUUUGUAUCUCUUUUGAUCUACAUGUUCAAUGAGAGGACUAAGUCCAGUGACUUCUUACAGGCCAUGUUCGUAACAGUACGUAGUUAACUAAAAAGCUGAUGCACCAAUGUGUCUGAGAACUGAUUGGUAUUGACUUAUUAUGUACAUCUUAUGUAAAUCUUCAACUAAACCCUGAGAUGAUCAUCAUCGUCAUCAGCUUGCCAAGAAACUAACAGCCGUUGACCUUGUUUUUUUUUUUUUUUUUUUUUUUUUUUGAUUAACCUGGAGGGACUUCCACCCCCAGGGGCCAACCCCUCGGCGCGAGGCGGACCAUUUGGUACUAUGGGGAAUUAGAUACCCCAAUUGCCGUUGACCUUGUUGCUAGUGGAGUUGGAACAACAAUUGGAGCAAGAGUGUAUACACAGGACCUGCUCUUGCUGUAUCGUUCUUCAUCGCUGGAGUAGCAGUUGCUCUCUCUGCUUGUUGCUAUGCUGAGCUUCCUUCUUGUUGUCCAUCUGAUGGCAGUGCUUAUCAUUAUGCUUACAUAUAUCUUGGAGAAAGAGAUUUAAACCAAACAUGAAUCUAAACUCCGAGCUGAAGGCUCUAGAGGAAUUGAGCUCAAAUGCGAAGCAAAUACAAGAAGACAUGUUGGAAGAGAUACUCAGAAGUAGCGCGAACACAGAGUAUCUUAGACGCUUUCUCCACGGGAGCUCUGAUAAAGAGUUAUUCAAGAAGAACGUACCGGUGGUUACCUAUGAAGAUGUUAAGCCUUAUAUGGAACGUGUGGCCAAUGGAGAACCCUCAGACGUCAUUUCGGGGGAACCUAUCACUCAGUUCUUCAUAAGUUCUGGAACUUCGGAAGGAAAACAAAAGAUCUACCCUUUGAACAAUAAGUACUUUCAGAAGAGGAUAUUUAUCGAAAAUCUACGCAACUCCAUUUUAUCCAAGCAUAUCAAAGGCGUCGAGGACGGAAAGGUGAUGACGUUUCUUAACACUAGAGCAAUAUCCAGAACUCCCUCUGGUCUGACUGUUGCUCCUGUGAUUACAAGCUUCCUAAUGAGCGAUUAUUUUAAGAACUGGUCAUCCAACACCAGUCCCGACCAAGUUCUAUUAUGUUGUGACAACAAACAAAGUACUUACUGUCAUUUUCUUUGUUCUCUUGUCCAGAGAGAGGAGGUUGUGAGUAUUUUUGUUCCAUUUGCUUGUUCGUUAAUCGAUGCAAUAAAAUUUCUUGAAAUUCACUGGAAAGAGUUGUGUAAUAAUAUUCGAUCUGGUCGUGUUAACGAGUGGAUCACCGACCUUGGCUGCAGAGACUCUGUCUCCAAAGUACUUGGAGUACCUAAUGCUGAGCUGGCAGAUAAGAUUGAACGUGAAUGCGGUCAGACAUCAUGGGAAGGUAUUAUCACACGUCUAUGGCCUAACAUCAAAUUCAUUCAAAGUGUAGUUACAGGACAGAUGAGUCAAUGCAUUCCAAUAUUGGAGUUCUAUUCCAGCAAAUUGCCUCUCGUCUCCUUGAAUUAUUCUGCUUCUGAAACGUUGUUUGGGGUCAAUGUGAAUCCCCUAUGCAAACCACAAGACGUUUCCUAUACAUGUGUGCCCAACACGUCCUACUUUGAGUUUUUUCCUGUUGAUGAAGGAAACAAUGCUCAAGUAGUUGAUCUCGUGGACGUCAAGUUAGGGCACUUAUAUGACCCCGUGGUCACAAAUCAUUUUGGGUUAUACAGAUAUAGAAUGGGAGAUAUUCUACAGGUGACUGGGUUUUACAAUAAAACACCUCAGUUUAGAUUUGUACGCAGAAAAGAUACGGUUAUAAGCGUCCAUAUAGAGAAAACUACUGAAGAAGACAUAGUAAAUGCGGUGAAUCGUGUGACAACCGUUCUUGAGUCUGCAGGUUUAAUGUUGAUGGGAUUCACAUGCAAAUCUGAUAUGUCCACUUUCCCAGGUCAUUAUGUUUUUUACUGGGAGCUUAAACCCAAAAACUUUGAUGGCAUUGUUAAGCUUGAUAACAAUGUUAUGGUGAAGUGUUGUUGUGUGAUGGAGGAAUCAUUUAAUAUUCUUUAUAGAAGACAUAGGAGAAAGUAUGGGACCAUUGGACCUCUAGAGAUAAGGGUGACGCAGCAAGGAACGUUUUAUUCUCUCAUGGAAUAUUUCAUCUCCCAGGGUGCUUUUGCGCAUCAGUACAAAACACCCUUAUGCAUUAACUGCAUUAACUCCCCUCAAGGUUUAGCAAUUCUUGAAGACAGAGUUAUUUCUCAGUUUUUCAGUGACAAAUCCCCUCCUCGCUGAUCAGAUAUGGUCUAUUUGGAUCACGAUUGUCCACAAAAUAAUCAGGCCAUAUGAAUAGGGAAGGGACAAAGCUAUUCAGUGAGAUUGAUUUUGUUUUAGGUUUAUGUUUUGUGGAGUAAUUUUUGGUUUUGUGUGCAAGUGUGUGUGAUUUGUUUAUUAUGCUAACCUUCAAUCGUUUGGUUGUUAAAUC